AUGACGAAAGAAUUAUCAAUAGUCCAAAAACUUCAAAAUAUUGCUGACGAAAUAAAUAACUCUUAUGAAUUCACGGAUAAAUUCAUAGAAAAAAUAAAAAAAUGGAAACAAGAAGAAAAUAUUGAUAACGACUUAAUAUUAAAAGCGGUCUGGGAACAUCGUUACGACUCACCCACACUCGCCUACAGUCUUGCUGUUUCAUAUCGAUGGAAAGUCUUCACCGAAAAAGCGCACAAAUCUGCAUUCGAAUGGUUUGAAAAAGCCGCUGAAAACGGACACAUACAAUCUUUAAAUGAUCUGGGUGUUUGUUACGAAAGCGGCCAUGGAAUUGAGUCAGAUAUGUCCAAAGCAUUCGAAAAUUAUCUGAAAGCCGCUGAAUUGGGAAAUAUUGAUGGGCAGUCAAAUGUUGGGAGUCUAUAUUAUUUUGGGCUUGGCACCGACCAAGAUAUGGAAAAAGCGGUGUAUUGGUUUAGGAAAGCUGCGUAUGCUAAUGCUUCCGAAGCACAGUAUUAUCUAGGAUCAUUUUAUUUGGAUGGGGAUGGGGUGGAAUGUGACGAGAGAAAAGCGUUUUAUUGGUUUAAUUUGUGUGUUCGGAAUACGAUGCUUGGAGAAUGCUAUGAACAGGGAUAUGGCACCCCGGUGGAUGUUCAUGCGGCAAUUAAGUGUUUUCAUAAAGCUUACCAAAUAAAUUGUGAAAUUUCAGUUUAUGAAAAAUUAUGUGGCGUUUUUAAAGAAGACUAA